AGAGAGAGAGGUGUGGAAGGAGGCAUGGAUAGAUAGAUAGGGACUAGGGAGGAAGAUGAGAGAGAUAGAGAGAGAAAAUAUUUAGGAUUGGGAAGGGAGGGUUUUGCGUUUGAGAUCUUGUUAGAUCGGACCACGAAUUGUUAGAAAUCUUUACAUUAUUUCUUGCUCUUUUUGGGUUCUUCUGCUGCUCUCCCCUGUUUUUGUUUCCGGACCAGCAAUGUGCCUCGAUCUAUGAAAGGUUCUUCCUUUCUUCUUCUUUAUGUUUAUUUCUUCGUUUCUUCUUCUGGUUUUCCUGCUUUCAACCUUCCUGCUACUCUCAUUUUCUUAUUUGUUAGCUUGGACCAACAGAAGCUGUAUAUAAACUUGCAGAGAUUCUCAUACAUCUCCACAUUUUCUAAUCUCUGUUUCUUCUUCUUUUUGUUUUCUAAUUGUUGACCGAUUUAAAUUUUAAUGUUGGUUUAGCAAGCAACACCCUUCUUUCCUUUUGUUUUGUUUCUUUCUGGGCUGGGGAAGUUGGGUUCUUGUCUUUUUUCUGUUGUUUAUGUUCUUGCAAUAUCUGAGCUUAUGGCUGGAGGUUUACUUGCAUGCAAUUUAUCCUCUAUUGUCUGUGUGAUUUCUUUUGAUUUUAAGAUGUUCACGAAAGCUUCUUUUUAGAUUCUUAGUCUAAUGUAGUAAUUGAGCUGAUGCCUUUAUUUGCUCCUUUUUGAAGGUAUUUCCUUGACUUGCAUUCAACCUCAUUUAUUCAGGCCAUUUUUAGUUGGUUCAUUUGUUUCUCUUUUCCCACGAUUAAUGGGAGUUAUCAAUUAUCCGAGAUUCUUUCUUACUUACCCCUUUAUCAUGUUUCUUUCGUCCAUAAUGGCAUGUGGAGGGAGAGCCCUCUAAAAGGAAAUAACAAAAUGGAGCUAGAAAUGGAGUUUGACAUUACGAUCUGGGAAGGAUCUGUUGCUGGUCUAGGACGGGGAAGAUGUUCCCUCACCUGGGAGCUCACCUGUUACUAAAUGAGCUUUAUCCACAUGCUUCAUCAGGAGGGGAGUUGGAUGGGACGGAAACUUGUGAAUGCAGACAUGGAUGAGAGGCGUAAUGGUGUUGUAAGGAAGUCAAACAGCAUGUCACAGGGUGGUGGUGCUCGUGUGUCUGCUAGAAGUACUUCGGCAGACCAAUCUCAAGGGAAAAAAGGGGAGGAGUUGGAAGUUAUUAAGAAUCAGGAAGUUUUAGGUGUUAAGAACACAAAUGAUGGUAUUGUAACUCCCAUUUCUGAGCAGAAAAGUCAAAAACCAAGAAGUCAGAAGUCAAUUGAUGGUACUAAGACAACUUCCCUCACACUCAAUUGGGGUGGUCCAGGAAACUCUGAAGCAGCACACCUACAGCCAGCUCCUUUGAUGACCGAAAAGCAUGAAGAUGUGAACAGCUCAGCAAAUGCGUACGAUGUGUUGUCACCUAUCAGUGGGAAGAUCUCAAAGCAUAGCUCACCUAAGUCAGUGAGAAAGGUCUUCCAACAUGACGGCAUGCAUCUCGAUGAAGACGACAAGUGCUCUGCUACUUCCCCUUAUUGUCUGUAUUCCUUAGCCAUGUCUAGAACUGCUGCAUCUGUUCGGACUAUUAAAUCUAUCACUGUUGGCACAGCUCCGACUUUUAAAUCUGCUGAACGUGCCCAAAGGCGGAAGGAGUUCUAUACAAAAUUGGAGGAAAAACAAAAAGCUCUGGAGGCUGAGAAAAACCAGGCUGAGGCUAGGACCAAGGAAGAGCAACAAGCAGCCAUCAAGCAGAUGAGAAAGAACAUGAUCUUUAGAGCAAACCCAGUACCCAAUUUCUACUACGAGCCGCCUCCACCAAAGGUUGAACUGAAGAAGUUGCCAUUAACACGACCAGUAUCACCGAAGCUAAACCGGAGAAAGAGCUGUGGAGAUGCUACAGUGAACACAUAUCAGGAGCAACAACAGGUCAACAAGCAUUGUGUCACGCAACGCCACAGCCUCGGCAACCAUGCCCAUAAAGAAUCCACAUCUGGUGCCAGAGCCAGGACUCGUACCAGCAGCAGUGGACAGGCGACAAAUGGUAGCAGCCACAACAACAAGGCAAAUAGUCAUUCCGGGUCAGAACAACAUCAUGUAAUUACUACUUCUACCACCACUACCACAAAUGCUACUCAGCAUAUGGCUGGAGAGCAGCCAAGCGCCAACAUCUCUGUUGAGUCAUGAACCUGUUCUGCUGCUGGGUUUUUUUUUUAAGUUUCACUAACCUGUUUGAAGAAAAUGUUAAAAAGGAGAAGGGGGAAGGAGAGACAGAUUGUUGCGAUUUCAGUAUCAGGGGUUAUGAUGAUAUUGGGAUGUUUUCAGUAGGAAUAGCCUAUUGUUUGCAUUUCCCAGAACUGAUGACUUUUGAUAUUUUUCUGAAGUGAAUUUUGUCUUUUAACAGUGAAUUUGUAUAUGGGUCUGUAAAGAAGAAUUAUGAGUACAUAUUAAUCUCUGGGUUGUUGUAUAAAGAGAACCUCGCUAACUCUGUUAAUUGUUGAUCCAAGUCCUACCAUUUUCUGUCUUUGCUAUAGUUAGUUACUUUCAAUGUUUGCUCAUAAUUUGCAGGGCGGUUUGCUUCGUAUUUGUAAUACGGUCUCCUUCGUUGUUAAUUGUUUGCUUUUGUGACUUUGUAUCAUCUAUUGAAGCUAG